CUCCCCUCCGCCGGGCCAGCCCCGGGGGCAGCCGCCGCCGCCGCCCGAGCGCCCGCCAUGCCCGCCGCCCCCGCCGCUCCGCUGCUCCAGCUGCUGCUCCUGCUGGGGCCGUGGCUCCAGACUGCGGGCGUCGUGGAGCCGCCGCUGCCCGCCGUGGUCCUUACCAUCCUGGCCCGCAAUGCCGAGCACUCACUGCCCCACUACCUGGGCGCGCUGGAGCGGCUGGACUACCCCCGGGCCAGGCUGGCCCUCUGGUGUGCCACGGACCACAACACAGACAACACCACGCAGAUGCUGCGGGAGUGGCUGGCUGCUGUGGGUGACGACUACGCAGCUGUGUUCUGGAGGCCCGAGGGGGAGCCCAGGUCCUACCCAGACGAAGAGGGUCCCAAGCACUGGACCAAAGAAAGGCACCAGUUUCUGAUGGAGUUGAAACAGGAAGCCCUGACCUUUGCCAGGGACUGGGGGGCUGACUACAUCCUGUUUGCAGAUACAGACAACAUUCUGACCAACAACCAGACGCUGAGGCUUCUGAUAGAGCAGGGGCUGCCCGUGGUGGCCCCAAUGCUGGACUCCCAGACCUACUACUCCAAUUUCUGGUGUGGGAUCACGCCCCAGGGCUACUACCGCCGCACGGCCGACUACUUCCCCACCAAGAACCGCCAGCGCCGGGGCUGCUUCCGGGUGCCCAUGGUCCAUUCCACCUUCCUGGUAUCCUUGCGGGCUGAGGGGGCAGCCCAGCUCGCCUUCUACCCCCCUCAUCCCAACUACACCUGGCCCUUCGAUGAUAUCAUCGUCUUCGCCUACGCCUGCCAGGCUGCUGGGGUUACGGUCCAUGUGUGCAACGAGCACCGUUAUGGGUACAUGAACGUGCCCGUGAAAUCCCACCAGGGGCUGGAGGACGAGAGGGUCAACUUCAUCCACCUGAUCUUGGAAGCGCUAGUGGACAGGCCCCCUAUGUGGGCCUCCGCGCACGUGUCCCGGCCCCCAAAGAGACCCAGCAAGAUGGGGUUUGAUGAGGUGUUUGUCAUCAGCCUGGCCCGCCGGCCCGACCGCCGGGAGCGCAUGCUAAGCUCGCUCUGGGAGAUGGAGAUUUCUGGGCGGGUGGUGGAUGCUGUGGACGGCCGGACACUCAACAGCAGUAUCAUGAGGCGCCUUGGCGUGGACCUGCUCCCUGGCUACCAGGACCCCUACUCGGGCCGCACACUGACCAAGGGCGAGGUGGGCUGCUUCCUCAGCCACUACUCCAUCUGGGAGGAGGUGGUUGCCAGGGGCCUGGCCCAGGUCCUGGUGUUAGAGGACGACGUGCGCUUUGAGAGCAACUUCAGGGGGCGACUGGAACGGCUGAUGGAGGAGGUGGAGGCAGAAAAGCUGCCAUGGGACCUAAUCUACCUGGGUCGGAAGCAGGUGAACCCCGAGGAGGAGGCAGCUGUGGAGGGGCUGCCCCAUCUGGUGGUGGCCGGGUACUCCUACUGGACCCUGGCCUAUGUCUUGAGCCUGGCAGGUGCUCGAAAGCUGCUGGCCUCCCAGCCCCUGCGCCGAAUGCUGCCUGUGGACGAGUUCCUGCCCAUCAUGUUUGACCAGCACCCCAAGUCCAGGCGGGGACUCCAGAGGAGCGCCCAGGAGCGGGCUGCAGCUGGCCACGGAGCAGAGUUGGAAAUGGCUGCAGGAGAUGCCACCAGGAGCCACAGACCCCAUAGAGACCGGACUGUCACCUUAGGCAUGGCCACUCUGCCCUCUGGCCCUGUCUUGCAUCAGGAGAAACCACUCUGAGAUGGGUCCCCUUCCCUGAAGGUCAUGUAGAGAAAAGGCAGAGCUCACAGGCCCUCUCACCCUUCCGGCCUGACUCAGGGCCUGGGGUGGAGGGAAGGAGGGGGGCUCCCCUGCCUUCGGUUUCAAGCUGUACGGACACCAGGAGCCCUGUCCUCUCCGCGGACCCAACUGCUGGGGCCCCUCUGCUACCUUCUACCUCCACAUCAGCCCCCUCCCCACUUGACACCUGGGUCUCAGUUGCCUGGGCCCAUCCUCUCCCCGGCCGCUGGGAAGUGCUGGGAGGUGGGAGGAGGGCCCUGGCAGACCUGGUGCCUGGCACAUAGUAGGCCCUCAAUAAAAGCCAGCUGGUACUUGCACUUUA